GGCCCAACACGUUUCUCUCUCUGCCCCCUCCACAUUCCCGAGCUCUCUCUCUUGUUCGAGCAGUUGAAAGUUCUUUCCUUCGGCAAUCAGCCCUAAGCCACUGAAAUCGGAGCAAUUCGAAUCAAAAAUACGUCAUAUUGUUGAAUCUCCGAUCGGUGUCCACUUAUUUCGACGGGCCCGAUUCACCCGAAUCAUACAUAUCAGAUACGACCGUUUUGGGGGCUUUGUACUGUUUGAGGAGAAUAGUUCGAUUUUGAAUCGCGAGGGGUUUAAUUUGGGCUUAUUAGUUCGGGAAGAUAAUUUAUUUUUUCGGUGGAUUGGGGUCAUGGAUUCGAGCCGUAGAGCUGUAGAAUCGUAUUGGAGAUCUCGCAUGAUCGAUACAGCGACCUCCGAUGAGGACAAGGUGACUCCUGUUUACAAACUGGAGGAGAUAUGCGAGCUUCUGCGAUCCUCGCAUGUUAGCAUCGUCAAGGAGGUCUCGGAGUUCAUAUUGAAGCGACUCGAGCAUAAGAGCCCUAUUGUUAAACAGAAGGCUCUGAGGUUAAUAAAAUAUGCCGUUGCAAAGUCUGGUUCGGAGUUCAGGAGGGAAAUGCAGAGACAUUCAGUUGCUGUGCGUCAGUUAUCUCAUUACAAAGGGCAGUUGAAUCCUUUGAAGGGUGAUUCCCUGAACAAGGCAGUGCGGGACACAGCUAAUGAGGCAAUAGCAGCCAUCUUUUCUGCAGAGGACAGUAAGCCAGCACCUGCUGAAGAUCUUAAUAAACGAAUACAAGGAUUUGGCAAUACAAAUUAUGAAAUGCCCUCAGAUGAUAAGAAAUCAUUUCUUAGUGAGGUAGUUGGUCUUGGCAGUGCAUCUAUUAAGCAGGGGAUCAGUACUAUUACUCAGGGCCAUUCUCUAAGAAAGAGCGACAAUGGAAGCUACAAAAGUCCAAAUCUUCAACGGUCCUUGACCUCAGAAACUGACUACUCAGAUAGAUAUGACCCAGUUGAGUUACGAACUGAAACUCAGGGUAGGGUUGGGAUAUCAAGGGAUGUGGCUGGUGGAGGUUGGAAUCAUGAUUCAAGAGUAAUGAAGACGGAAAUAGCGAAUGGGGACUCCAGUUCAAGUUUUGCAGAGAGUAAAACCCGUGAGGAGAGGUUGUUGGAGACUGUUGUCACAUCUGGUGGUGUCCGUCUACAACCCACACGAGAUGCCAUCCAAGCUUUUCUUGUGGAGGCUUCAAAGUUGGAUGGACUGGCUUUAACUCAUGCUCUUGAUGCCAAACUCCAGUCUCCAUUAUGGCAGGUUCGGAUGAAAGCUGUUUGUAUUCUUGAGGCAAUUUUGAGGAAGAAAGAUGAUGAACCUUUUUUAGUCAUAGCUGCUUAUUAUUGUGAAAACAAAGAGGUGGCUAUUCGAUGUUCUGAGUCUCCCCAAAGUUCUUUGAGGGAAAAGGCUAACAAGGUGUUGAGUCUUUUGGAAGGAGGACAGGAAGUUGGCUUGGUGAAUAAUUUGGAGAAGUCUGCAAAGUCUGUCACUGCUGCUGCUGCUGUUCAGAUACCUGAUUUAAUAGACACUGGAGAUCCAGAUGAGUUUUUAGUGAUUGAUGACUCAUCAAAGAAUCCGAUUGAUUUUAGCAUAGGAAAUCCAACAACAGCGUCACCUCCUUUAAUUGAUGAUUUAUUUGGAAAUACCAUGAGCUCUAGUGUAAGCACUGGUGAACAGAAGAAUGAUGAUGACCCCUUUGCAGAUGUCUCAUUUCACACCGAUGAGGGUAAAGAACACGACAAUGAUCUCUUUUCGGGCAUGACUAUUGAUGAUAAGCCUAGUAUUAGUCAGACAUGUAUGGUGGCAAAUAAAGGUGGAUCUGAGUUAUUUGAUAUAUUUGAGUCCAAAUAUGAAGUGGGACAGGAACAAUUAAAUCAUGAGACCGAUGCAAUUGAUAUAAUGGGUGGUUUGUCCAUCAGUAACAGUGCCCCGAUGAAGCAGAAAGGAAACGUUGCUGGUGGUCUGUAUGAAAGUGUCCUCACAGAUUCUAGUGGUAGUCCUGGUCCGCAGAUCUCUAGUGAUCUUUUAAGUAGGAUGGCUGGUUCUGAAGGGGGUGGGAUGAAUGCAAAUCCAGUAUUUCCUUCGGGUAAUAUGCAAUAUCCUGACAUUAUGUUGAAUCCAUCCUUCAAUUCCCAUCCAAUAAAUUAUGGUGCAAUGGGAAAUUUCUUUGCUCAGCAGCAAUUCCUGGCUGCAAUGUAUAAUCUACAACACCUUGGUAAUCUGAAUGUGCAAAAUGCUGCUGUUGGAAAUCUUAAUACUGCAAAAGGAGAAUGUGCAUCACCACUUCCUGAUAUAUUCCAAUCGAACUUUCCAAACCAAACUCCUAGUUCGACAAUGAGCAGCUCAAAGAAAGAGGAAACAAGGGCAUUUGAUUUCAUCUCGGACCAUCUUGCUUCAGCUCGCGAUUCAAAGAGUGGUUUAAGAUUUUGAUGAUGAUGUAUUUAAUCGAAGCUAAAUAGAUUGAAGCCGUCUCUGCCCUUUUGAGGUAGGCUAAAAAGAAUCAUUUUGCAACAAAAUAAUGUAUGAGGUUCUUAACGUGUUUCUUCGGAAAAAGAGUUGCAGGAGAUCAGUGGACAAAGAUUGCUAAAGCAAAGAAAUUGCUCUCAUAAAUCAUUUUUGUGGAGUUCCAGUGAGAAAAUAAUGUGUAGUUAGCUUUGUAAUUUUGGAAUCUAUAUGUGGUCACUGAUUACCUUUUCUGCUCAUAUUCUUAUUUUUGCGAGCUUCAUGAGAAAUGUUUGUAAUGCAUGCAUGUAGAAAUCAGUAUAGGUGGUAAUUAUUGCAUUUUUAAGUUUUUUAUUUGAUUUCCGGUGAGAAAAUCAUGUGCGGUUGGCUAGCUUUGCAAAUUUGGAAUAUAUAUGUAUGGUGAAUAUACGGUAUCUGCCACUGUGUGAGGCGGCCAGGCACUGACCGCCUUUUCUGCUCUUGUUCAGAAUUUUCUCAUAGCUUCAUGAGAAAGACUUGUAAUGCAUGAAUUUAGAAGUCAAUAUAGAUAGUCACAGAUUACCUUUUC